AUGCGUACUGUGGAUAAAGAUGAUUGCUUGAUGGUACGGGGAGCAAAUCCUCGUACAGGGCUGAUAACUCCAGACGCAGUCAGUAUUGUAGGCUCCCUCGAUAGCGGAACUGGUCGUGUCAAACAUGACAAGGGUCCUUCAGCGCAAUGGAAAAUGGAAGGUGAUCAAUGGGUAAGUAUUGUUCAGGCUGGGAAAAUGGACAAAUCGAGCAGACCUCAAACUGCCAUGGGAGCAAGCGGCAACGACAAUACACGACCGCCUAUUGCUGGUCGUCAAAGAGCAUGCCGGCGGCAGUUCAGCCCUCUAACUGAGGAGAACCUUGAGACAUUGUCGACCAUACAGGAGUCCUCCAGCAGUGGGACCCAGACGGCAUUACCACCCACAAAUAUGGCGCCCAACGUCAGCAAGAUUCGCAGAAAGCCUGUAGGCAGUCCUCGACAACUGGAUCACAACCUGUCUGCACAUUCUCAUGCCCGCAAUCCUAGCGACCAGACUGUCGUACGAAGUCCCAUAUCAGAAAAGAAGGCACAGUUUUCCUAUUUCAGUCCUGAUGAUAUUGGCCGUGAGUUCGCAAGCCGCAAGGGCCAUCGCACAAAUGUCAUGGAGAACGAGGACGACUCUUUUUUAGGCGUGCCUGUGAGGUCUCAGUGCCCCAGACCACUACGACCCAGAGGCUUCACAAAUACGAAGGUCCACCUAGAACAACUUCAGCGAUCUCUGCGGACGAGCAGUGGCCCAUUCCCCUCUCAACCCUCCAGGAUGCACCCGACAUCCUACCACGGCACUACACAACCACUGCGGCCCAACCGACCACCAAUGUCGCGAACGCCAUUCGGCGGAGUAUACCUAGAAGAAGGCAAUCUUCAUCCUCUCAGAGCAGCGAGAGCAUUACUCCCAGACGUUGCUGUUGGACCCGGUCGCAUGAGGUUCUACGCUCAAGGUCGAGAUUACCAAAAUGGCCAGACAAUCCAGAAAUCAAGCAGCUCAAGCGCUCUCGAUCAGCAGCCAAUAACGAGCUACCACCAUCGGCGAGCAGGGACGAACUCUCAUUUCCCCAUCCACGAGUUCGAUACGCAUCUCAGAAACGCGGGCAAUCAUUUCCCAAUGUCUAGAGAACAGGUCGAAAAGAUGUCUCCCCACUCAAUAGCACGAACCCGGAAUGGUACACUAUCGAAGCAGACUAUCCAGGACACAAAAUUCCGGGAAAGCGGCCAUACCAACCGCAAAGAAUCGAACGCGAACGCGAAAGAUACCCGCAUAGACAGUUCUGUCAGACGUCCGGUAUCACAAAACCCACCAAAGAUGGAGUGCCACGGCGAAGACACUCGUCAGAUCUCAAAGGCCAAAGUCGGCUCGACAAUUAUGGAGUCAGCCAACCCAUCGAGCCAGACUGGUAUUAGGGAGAACCUGUCAGAAAGCGAAGACGGAAGCGCCGAGUCGGCGAGAGAAGAUGCUAGCACACCAGCAACUUCGAUUUCGGGAAGCACAAAGGCUACCACAACGAAGAAUGCAGCCUUACAGCUCACUAGAACAAGCCAAGUCCCUUCACGAGCUCAGGACGGUAUUGACUUGCGUGAUCACUCGAUUUGUUGUCCAGAAUGUUGCGUAGUGCUUGAUUGUCAUGAGGGAUGUCUGGGACAUCCAAGUCCGAGCGGUAGUGCCGCAGAAAGCGAGACUUCUAGUCUCAAAUCCAUGGGCGUGUUCGACGCUAAUUUUGAGACUUCUGUCAAAGCAGUCAACAAGGCUUUGCUUGAGUCAAGAGAGACUCGUGACAGCAGACUGGCCAAGUUGCGUAAUGCCAUUGUGGAAAAUUUCUGGCACGAACCGAAUGCUCAACAGAGAACUCCUGAUAAGCAAGAACCACUGAAGCGAACACUUCGAGAGUCUCCUCCCCAUCAGAAAGAAGCAACAAAGCAGGAGAAGGUGAAUAGACCAACUACUGUGCCGGGUCCUCGAAGUUUUGAUCGACGACAAGCAAAGGCUGCAGCUGCCGUUGCUGUGAAAGCUGAGGUCCAUGACAAGAAGAGCACAAAACCCCAGUCUCCAAUUCCUAGAGGACUGAGAAAGAACCACAGUGUUCGGAAGACGAAGGAGGAGUCGAUAGUCGUCAAAUUAGACGCGACCGAGCCCCUGGACGUCCAAGACAUUGCUGAGGACGAGAAGGACGAUCCAGUACCUACCUACAUCGACGAGCCAGCACUUUCCUCCGUGGGUGCGGAAAAUACUGCAACUCCCACUAGAGAGUCUGAUACGAUCAGUGUGCUUAGUAGAGUGAAUUCACUGAUCAGAUACAACUCGUUUCGCAUCUCUAGGUCGGAUAUGUCUGCUCACCUUCUUCACUAUUUGUUGAUGGCUACUAUAUACGUCAAGGAGAUGUUGGUCGUCGUCCUUGACACAAUCACAACCUUGUCAUCCGUCAUGUAUGAAUACAAGCGCACCGGAACCAUUGUUCUUCCACAGAGCACGAAUCUGAGUGAAUUGGCAGGAAAUUGUCUGCGAAGUAUUCUGUACCUCAUGAUUGCGGCUUGCGUAUAUGCAUUGGUUGCUAGGAUCGCUAGAGUUGUCCUUGUACUAUUGCGUAUCGUGGCGUUGCCUCUCAAGUUGUGUGUCUGGGUUAUAGGAUAA